AGCGGCUGCCGCGGCCACGGGCAGGGGCGCGGAGCGGGUCGGCCGGACGCGACGGGGCGGGCGCCCGGGGAGCCUCGUGCGGAGCCUGCCGCCCCGCGCGCCGAGUGGGCGAGCGACGUUCGAGCAGGUCGGGGCUGCGGCUGCUCAGCGAGCUGGUGAACUCUGCAAGCAACAGUGCCUCCAAUUCCUUUGCCUCCUCUGCAGCAGCAAGCACAGGACUCCACCCAUAAGCCCUCCCUGCAGGCCACCCACCGAACGGCGGGAAGAUGAGCACCUGCGGGAGGAAGGCCCUGACGCUGCUGAGCAGCGUCUUUGCCGUCUGUGGGCUGGGCCUCCUGGGCAUCGCUGUCAGCACCGACUACUGGCUGUACCUGGAGGAGGGUGUGGUCCUGCCCCAGAACCAGAGCACAGAGGUCAAGAUGUCCCUGCACUCGGGCCUGUGGCGUGUCUGCUUCCUCGCAGGUGAGGAGCGGGGACGCUGCUUCACCAUAGAAUAUGUGAUGCCUAUGAACACCCAGCUGACGUCCGAGUCCACCGUCAACGUUCUAAAAAUGAUUCGCUCGGCCACACCGUUCCCUCUGGUCAGCCUCUUCUUCAUGUUCAUCGGGUUUAUCCUGAGCAACAUCGGACACAUCCGUCCCCACAGGACCAUCCUGGCCUUUGUCUCCGGCAUCUUUUUUAUCCUCUCGGGCCUCUCUCUCGUGGUGGGCCUGGUGCUCUACAUCUCCAGCAUCAAUGAUGAGAUGCUCAACAGGACCAAGGACGCAGAGACCUAUUUCAACUACAAGUACGGGUGGUCGUUUGCCUUCGCUGCCAUCUCCUUCCUUUUAAUGGAGAGUGCUGGGGUGAUGUCCGUGUACCUGUUCAUGAAGAGGUACACCGCCGAGGACAUGUACAGGCCUCACCCAGGCUUCUACCGCCCACGUCUGAGCAACUGCUCCGAUUACUCGGGCCAGUUCCUGCACCCGGACGCCUGGGUGCGGGGCCGCAGCCCCUCCGACAUCUCCAGCGACGCCUCCCUGCAGAUGAACAGCAACUACCCAGCCUUGCUCAAGUGCCCCGACUAUGACCAGAUGUCAUCUUCCCCCUGCUGAGCCUCGCUGCCUCCGUCCCUGGACUCUGGACAGUGGACAGCCCUUCCCAUGCUCCCCUGCUGGCCUGUGAGCCCCAGGCCCUUGGUGGACAGGCCCAGGCUGCCCCUAUGCUUUGCUGUCAUCACUUGACCCAUGUCGCCUCCAUGCUUCCCCAGCGUAGCUCUAACUGCCCCAGGGAGUGUCAGGGGUCGGAGCCCGCGGGCAAGCUGAUUGGCUGAAAGCAUGGGUGUAGCCCCGCCUGUUGAGUGCCCAUCUCCAGCAGCUCUCGCCUUACCUGGGAGAGGUGUUCCAGCUCUGUAUUUGUCCCUGCACACCUGACCUCACAGCCCCAGGCCAAGGCCAGCUCUAAGAUGCCAAAUUCCUUACACACACCCAGCUGGACUUGUGUGCUGGCCAACUGGCCUGGCCCUCACGUUCAUGAUCUGGGCCAUCGGGUCAAAAGGUGACUGCGAUAUGGAGGUCUGGCUGGUUUGGAAUCGUCAGGCAGCGUUCCUUGUGAAAUCCUUUAUUCUUUUUUGUCACCCACAUCCCCCCAUACAAGACAGCUGUCCAUGCUCUCCGCCUCCCUUGCCCCCUCCGCCCCGCAGGCUGUGAAUUUUUCUCCUUCUCCUCUCACCAGAACUCAGCUGCCCCUGCCUUGGUCCCUAAGGGGCUAAGGGUGUGUCUGAAGCCACUCUGAUAAAGUCACGAAUAGGUGUUAAUGGCUGAUGAUGUCUUAAUAUAUGUGGCCCUUGAUAACAUAUUUAACAGGGGUCUUUAAAGCCUUACCCCAAAGAAGUGACUCUGACAGAGAAUUUCAGAAUUUGGCUGGUCCGAGUUGAUAUUACCAGGCACUGUUUCCGGCCCUGGGGAUACUGUCCCUGCUCGCGUGAGCAAUAUUUCUGGUCCCAGGCUCUAAAAUCUAAUCAUGUAGACAGAUGUCUAUACCACCUAGGUGGAAGGCAGCUUUCAAAGAGGCUGCCUGGGAUUUGGAGCCACAUGUGCCAACACCUGGUGCAUUUUGAGUCAAAACAAGCCAGAUUUGGAAUGAUCCAGCUGCUCUCCUGAGGAUGCCCGUGAACAUUUGGGGGUGCCAAUUUAAUCCUAAUAUAGGGCAGUGUCUGCUUCCUGGGCACGGGACAUAUGUAGGCAGAUAGAUGCUUCUAGAAGAUGAGGCAGCUUGAAGCCUGUUUCCCUAGGAGGAAACCUGAGCUGGCAGGUGUGACGCACCUUCCGUGAGGUGAGGGGGGAUAGUGGAAAGGUCACUGCAGGACGUGACCCCCUUGGUUCUCCAGGCGUCUUCUCUGCUUGAGCAUUUUUGGUUUUGAGAUUUUGAGUAGCAAAGCAAUGCCGGACUCUCGCCUGUGUAUUUUUUGCCAUGCCCGCUUUUCUUUCUCCUGCUCUCUUUAAGGUGUCACGAGCAUCUGGUGCACAAAGCCAUGGUGAGCUCUGAACAGGAGUACAGAAACCCACACAUCUGGCACGUGCAGCCUUCGGAAGGGCAGUGUGUCCAUCUGCUCGGGCCACCAUAGCAAAGGCCACACACUAGGGGACUUAAACGACCGGCAUUUAUUUUUUCCCAGUUCUGGAGGCCGGAAGUCCGAGAUCAAAGUGUCAACAGAUCUGGUUUCUCCCAAGGCCUCUCCUUGGCUUGCAGAUGGCCAUCUUCUCGAUGUGUCCUCAUAAGGUCUUUUCUCUGUGCACGUGCAGGCCCCUGGUGUCCAGAUUCCCUCUGAAAAGGACACCAGUCAGACUGAAUGAGGGCCCGCCCUAACAAACUUGUUUUAACUUAAUCACCUGUUUAAGGGCCCUGUCUCCAAAUACAGCCGCAUUCUGAGGUACUGGAGGUGAGGGCCUCAGCAUAUGAAUUUGGGGAGAGGGGCACAGUUCAGCCCGUAGCAGGCAGGUUGCUUGUAGCUGGAUUAUUGUAUUUGAUUCACAGCACAGUAGGGGGGAAAGAUAAAGGAGGCCGAUUCUGGUCCCGGUUUAGCUACUCUCUCCGCGUGGAUCCUUGGGCAAUGCUUUCUGCCCUGAGGGGCUUGGCCUGAUUUAUUUCCAAGCCCCCCUCCAGCACACUCACUCCCAACUCUAAUGAUUCAGCCUCAUGUAGAAAGCUCCAGAUUGCCCUCAUGUGUGACUUUUCAUCCCUCGCCUCUAAAGCCCCAAUUUGCCCCUCCUCUGGCACCUGCAAUGACUGUUGUACUCUCUGGUCGCUGUUUACAGAAUAGCACGGAAACCACGUUCUCCUGGAACAGAGGAGUCGGAUGGUGAACUUGGAGACCAUUAGGUAGCGUUUCCAAACUGGACAGUUAUUUAGAUGAGCUCUACUCCAGUUCUUGUCAAUGUAAUGAGCUCCUCAGAUGCCCUUUUCUCUCCCUCCAGCACUUUCUCUGUCACUGUGCCAGCCUUGUUUUUGUGCACAUGGAAAAAAUAGAAUCUACUCCUGAACACAA